GGUAGGAGGAGGCGGGACAAAUGGCCGUCGCAAAAAGACAGCAGUACCUCAAUUGACGCGUAAAGGCGAGCGGAAUAAAUGGCUGAUAACAUUAACAAUAAUGCUCAUAAUAAAACAUAUCGCGAAAAUAUUGGUGGACAGCUGCUAUUAAACCACGUUAUUAUGGUAUGGACAUUUUUGUCUAGGUGAUGCAUAUUGGAUGACUGUCCCUUUGCUGCCUUUACAUUCCGGACUGAGGAUUAAGGAAUUUCCUUGAAGUUCCAUAUAACUGAUAGUGACAAUGUGCCUUGAUUGUAUUUAAUUAAUUGUGCCAGAUUGACUAUGAAUACCACCAAACACAAGGGUUGAAUGCCCUGAUGAACAGCCUUUUAGAAAUUAAUGUCCCUGUUCUACACACUAACCUUGCAAGUUCAGACAUCAUCAUGUAAUAACUGUACCACUGCUGAUUCAAGACAUCUUUUUUCAUACCUAUGGACAACUUAAAGUUUGGCUUUAAAACUUGUUAGUCAUUGUGAAGUUACAUAUUUCUUUUAACGGACGGAGCCUCUUAAGGAUUUAUCAAGAUGCUUUCAGCUCUGAAGAAGCUAGUUGGCUCUGAGCCAGGACAGCUGAAGGAGAAGAACAUUCCAGCAGGCCUGCAGUCCAUGAACCAGAGCUUGCAGAGGAGGUUUGCCAAGGGCGUUCAGUACAACAUGAAGAUCGUCAUCCGAGGGGACAGGAACACUGGCAAGAGCGCACUGUGGCAGCGGCUGCAGGGGAGGAAGUUCCUGGAGGAAUACCUCCCCACGCAGGAGAUCCAAGUCACCAGCAUCCACUGGAACUACAAGACCACUGAUGACGUGGUGAAGGUGGAGGUCUGGGACGUGGUGGAUAAAGGCCAAAAAUUCCCUGUACCUGAACUACUGGGGAAGGGGAAGAAGCGUGGCGAGAGUCUGAAGCUGGAGAAUGAGCCGCAGGAGUCGGAAAAUGAAAUGGCCCUCGAUGCGGAGUUCCUUGACGUUUACAAGAACUGCAAUGGCAUCAUCAUGAUGUUUGACAUCACCAAGCAGUGGACGUACAACUACAUCCUACGUGAGCUGCCCAAAGUGCCCAACCACGUGCCCGUGUGUGUCCUGGGCAACCACCGCGACAUGGGCGAGCACCGCGUCAUCCUUCCCGAUGACAUCCGCGACUUCAUCGCCAGCCUCAGCAGACCCCUCGGCUCCUCCUAUAUCCACUACGCUGAGUCCUCCAUGAAGAACGGCUUCGGCCUCAAGAACCUGCACAGAUUCUUCAACAUUCCUUUCCUGCAGCUACAGAGGGAAACACUGCUGCGACAGCUGGAGACCAACCAGCUGGACAUGGACGCCACGCUGGAGGAGCUGAUGGUGCAGCAGGAGACCGAGGACCAGAACUAUGACAUCUUCCAGGAGAUGAUGGAGGCUCGCAGUAAGGGCUACAGCUCCCCUGGCCCCCCCAACGGCCAGAGCCCCUCGUCGGGCUCACAGUCCCCCGUGGUUCCCCCCAGUGGGCCCUCCACGGCCAGUUCCAGUCCCGGCACACCCCAGCUGCCCGUGCCCCCCCCGAUGCUGCGCUCGCCGUCGCCGCCUCCCUCCCCACCUCCUGCUCCUGUGAUGGCUUCACUGGAGCCCAUCACUACGGCCCCCCCGCCCCCAUCACAGAAGCGCGGUAUCAUCUCGCGACUCUUCGGAGGUGCCACUCCUGAGCCCCCUGUGGAUAAAGCCGAGGCUGCCAGUGCAGCAGCGCCCCCUGCAGGGGUGGCCAGCGUGGACGACUUCGUACCCGAUGAGCGGUUGGACCGCAGCUUCCUUGAGGACAACCUCCCGACAAAGAUCAAGGAGAAGCUGCGCUCAGCAGCGACAGCGGCCGACAGUGACAGCGAUGGGGAGGCUCGUGGAGGGAACCCCAUGGUCUCAGGUUUCCAGGAUGAUUUGGAUCCCGACGAUGAGAUCCUGACUAAUCCCUUGGCCAUGGCGGCUGUCCCCAGUAAGGAUGCCACCCUGUCCAGUGAGGAGGAGGAGGAGGAGGGGAGCGGCCCGCCCGUCACGCGGGACCUGGACCUGGACAGCGACCCUGACACAGAGGGCGCAGUGAUGCAGCUCCCCGAGCACAGUGGGUCUGCCCCGCCCACAAGGGCGGACCGGACUGAACUGGGAGAGCGCGAAGAUACAGAUGCCGAGCCGCCGGCGGCUCCACAGGUGCUCUCCUUUGUCGUGGAUGACCCCGACUUAGAGAACAAAGAGGCAGAGGAGUUCAAGAUGGAGAAGAAAUCACUCCCAGUGCUUAAGGACCUGUCAGACCAGUCUGAUGAUGAACUUGUUCCCGCCCGGGUCCCUGAUCCUGGGAAGCCGGCUGUGCUCUCUAUCAAAAACAAAAACGAUGACCUGUUUGGUCUCGGGUUUGAGGAAAACAUCUCUAAGAGCAAAGACAGUAGCGAAGAUCAAGAAGAUAAAGAAAGCAAACACAUGACAAAGGAUAAGAAGAAAAAGAAGAAGAGGAGUAAAGAGGAAGAAGAUAAAAGCGGCAAAAAACGGCACAAGAACAAGAAGAAGGAAAAGGAGGAGUCUGGAGCGAGAGACGAGAAAGAGAGGAAGAAGAAGACGAGGUCCAGGAAGGGUGGUGACUUGGAUGACUUGGAGGCCUUCCUGGCGGGGGAGGCGAUGCCGGACAAGCGAGAGGGAGGCGACUAUGAGGAGCUUUAGGCCCUGGGGCCAUUAGCUGCCACUGUCUCCUGUGAAAGGGGGUGGUCCCUGGGAAGCACUCGCACACAGACAAUCGCUGACGGGCGACAGGCCGCCCAGCCUUUGGCUCUUCCCCGCCUGCCGAGACCCAGAGGUUCCUGGAUACUCCCCAAGCACAGAGCGGGCUGCCAGGGAGGCAUAUAAGGAUCGCUAGCGAUCCCGUGACCGCGCCACACUGAUGUCCGAAUCGUCACCGAUCUGUUUUUACAUUUUCUUUUUUAGCAUUUCUCCUUCCCACUGAACUCCUUUUUUGUUUUUGGCAAAAGAAUUUGACAGAAUAUGAGGAGUGUCUUUAACUCUCUGUCACUGUGUCUCAGCCUGGGUCUGCUCCUUGAGGACCAGUAAAAAUGAUGAGGCAACAUCUUCAAGAAAUGGCUUCAGUUUUUGAACGGUUCUGUUUCUUGCUGCUGUCUUGGUUUUGCCGGUUGAGCAGAUGAUGAGAUGAAGUUCACAACACUUUAGGAACGACAGACCCCCGUUGCUGCCGCACACGAAGGGCCGAGCUCUGCGGAGGUGCAGCGUCACCCUUCUCAGCUGCUUUCAUGGAGGCUCAUUUGCAGAAACUACCUUUAAAAGACUUUUUACACCCAUGGAGCCACAAAAAGAUACAAGGGGUGCCUAGUAUGAAAACCCCACCCCAAGUGUUACUAUGUGUCUGUAACAUUUUCCAGGUUUGCUAAGAAGCGCCAAUAGCUUGAUCAGUUGACGUCCUACAGAAGACUGAUGAAUUUGGUAAACAACAACUGGUUGACUUACACUAACCAUAAAAUCAUUCUACAAUUCCAUUAACAAUGAACACUUGCUUGUAUGUUCAAGCAUCCUUCCACUUUCUGUUCAGUUUCCAGGUUUUUGAUACAAUUCCAUUCCGCCGGCAGGCUUACUGCUGGCCCCAAGUGCUAAAUCAUUCUCUGACUGUUUGCAUCUUCUUCACUGAUGGAAACGACCUACUGCUCCAGUCUUUUCUGCUGCUUUAUUAAUCAGGCCCCAGUGGUGUUACCCACAAUGCACCUGGUAUAUGAACAGGUCAUCCUAAUGAAAACCCUAAAUCAGAAAAGCCUGCUUGUUCCUUAGUGGUUUAUAAUUAGCUGGAGAGAAAGCAUCGGAGAUGAUUACAGUAUCGUGAGGUUACAUUUAAAACCUGAGGAUGCCCCACCCAACUAUUUUUAAGAAUCUCAUUUUUAAACCAUCAGGCAUUACUUUGUCAGUCACCCCCGUCAGCUCGCGGACUGGUCCAAUGUCUUUUUUUUUUUUUUUUUUCCUGUCCGGCAGCUUUAGCAAGCAGAAUCAUGGUCUGA